AUGUUUCUACCGCGAUACGUCGCCUCGGCCAUUGCGCUGCUGGCUUCCUCAGCCCUUGCCCAAGUCACAACCGACUGCCAGCCCCUCAACAAGACAUGUCCUCCCGAUCCCGCCCUCGGCAUGGACUAUUCAUGGACCUUCAACUCGACUCCCAAGGCCUGGGCUUGGGAAACCACGGUCGGCACCGUCGAUUUCGACAAUGACAAUGGCGCCGCCUUCACCAUCAACAAGCAAGGCGACUCCCCAACCCUGCGUUCCAAGUUCUACUUCUUCUGGGCCGCACCGAGAUCUGGAUGA